AUGGGCAGCACCCACCGUCGUCGUUCGGAAGAAAAAUGGAUCGAUCCGCCUCUGACAAGACUACUCAACAGGACUGAACGAUGGAACAAAACCAGCAUCCGCUUCCAAACCCCAGAGGAUGCUUUCACGAAACUCAACGGAGGACGCUACUUUUCACAGCUCGACUUAGCCGAAGCAUAUCUCCAAUUGGAAGUGGACGACGUCUCAAAGCAGCUACUCACUAUCAAUACGCACCGUAGACUGUAUCGCUUCAACCGACUACCAUUUGGAGUGAAACCAGCUCCUGAGAUCACCUACCUUGGGUUCAUCAUCAACGCACAAGGACGACGCUUCGAUCCAGAAAAGACCAAAGCUAUCCAGAAAAUGCCCGCUCCGAAGGACGUUAAUCAACUUCGCUCUUUUCUGGGUCUCAUCAAUUUCUACGGAAACUUCGUCAAGGAUCUCCACAAUCUACGCGCUCUUUUGGACACUCUUACAAAAGAGGAUGUUGUCUGCUCAUGA